AUGAAUUCCGUGCUUAGCUCUUCACUUCGUCUCCGAGGACGGCAUUCACCAGGAACCUUGGCUCUACUUCUGGGUCGCCUGCUACAUGGGCAAAACAAGAUCAAACAAGCCGAAGAGGUGUAUCGCAGGGCUCUUCGGGAUUUUGGCUCAACCUCCAGCGACUGGGAACCGAUUGCGGCUCUUCUACGGGAGUACAUCCGAAUCAUUACGUGGAGCGGCAAUUUCUGCCAUGCCAAAAGCGUUUAUGAUCCUGUGUUACGGAAUUACAUACUCAGACUGGGUCGAUGUCAUGAAACGACCCUUGUGUUGAUCUACGAAAUCGGCAAUGCGCUCUGGACAAGCGGUGCCCUCUGGGAGGCCGAGAAAAUCUUGUCGGAAGCAAUUCUCGGCAUCAACAUCAGAGACCACCACAAUUCGAUUAUGCUCCGCAUCAUAGACAAACUUGGCACUGUGUAUACGCAACAAGGUCGCUGGAAAGAAGCGGAAGAUGUGCAGCACGCCGCCUUGAAAGGAUCUCUGAGCAUGUGCAAAGAUUACUAUCACCCCAAAGUCAUCGCUAUUGUUCUAAGCCUGGGAAAUACACUGUGUGCGCAGGGGAAGCUUCAAGAUGCAGCGCAGAUGUUGCAAUGGGGAUCUUCGGGCCUGCAGCAGACACUUGGUCUGGCCCAUGCAGACACUAUCCACGCUUUCGAACAGCUUGCCAUGAUACAUAUAUCCACAAAAAACUUCGCGAAUGCGGAACCUGCUCUCUCUUCCUGUAUCAGCGGUUGUGAGAGCCUAUACGGGAAGAACAGUGCCCGGACUUUUCAGAAAAAUAUCGAGCUCGCCAUAUUGUUCAGAGAUCAAGCCAAGUUUCUGGAAGGACAAGCGGCUUGCGAGCUGCUUUUGGGUGCAUGCGAGACGCUUGAGAGCGAGUGGAGGUUCUUCGUGCUGAAUUGCCUAGGCACGAUUGAUUUUAUGGCUGGACAAUUCAGCAAAGCAGAAGAGGAGUUUACAGCUGCCUUGAACGGGUUUAGGGCGUCUGGAGGUCAGGGUUCUCCAUUGGCUUUGCUUGUUCUCUACAACAUGGGAAACAUGCACCAUGCGAAGGGAAGACCAGACCUGGCCGAGGCCGCGUUUCGUGAAACGUUGGCGGGUAUGAGACAGGCGGUGGGCCAUAAUCAUGUUGCAUCCCUUGCUGCCGCAGAGAUGCUUGGCCUGUCGCUCAUAUCACAGGGCAAAAUGGCGGAUGCUGCUAACACCUGGUCUGAGAAUCUGAGUCUAUGCAAAUCCGAGGACUUACAAUCUAGUAGUGAAGCCCGCGAAACCACGGCUGAUAAGUUUCAGAGUAUGACGUUGUCAUACCUCGCCUCUAACAGCCAAAGACUUAGCGCUGGAGCAACAGCAAUGCUCUCGGCCAGAGCCGGCGCCCAAGACGCCGUGGCUGAUGCACAAUUUACUCAUAUCAGGCAUAUAUGA